AUGCAUUUAACUGAAGCAUCAAGUAACGCAACUUACUUAAGUGGAAAAAUGCAGAAUGAAAUUAUUAACUCAUGUGGAACACUAAUUCAAAGACAAAUUGUGUCAAAAAUUAAUAAGUCACAAUGUUUUACUAUACUUGCAGAUGAAACAGCGGAUGUUUCAGGUACAGAACAGUUUUCAAUCUGUAUACGCUACUUUGAUACAGAUUUAUCAAAAAUCAUGGAAGAUUUUUUGAUUUUUGUGCCUGUAACAGAUGUAACAGGAAAUGGACUAGCCACAGUCAUAUUAAAUACUUUGACAAGUUUAGGCUUAAAUUUAAACUAUUUAAGAGGUCAAGGAUACGAUGGUGCUGCUGCCAUGAGUGGCUGUUUCAAUGGAGUUCAAGCACAUAUCACUGAAAAGUAUCCUUUAGCGUUAUACCUCCAUUGUACUUCUCAUUGCCUGAAUCUAGCUGUUUCUUAUGCUUGUAAUGUAAAAAGUGUUCGAAAUACUAUUGGAUCCAUACAAGAAAUCGCAGUAUUUUUCAGAACGCCAAAAAGACAACAUGUUCUUGAAAAAAACAUAGAGAAAAUAUCGCCUUCGUUAAAUAUUAAGCGAUUAAAAAUGAUGUGUCCUACACGUUGGGUUGAACGACACGAUUCAAUUUUAGUAUUCCUUGAACUUUUUGAUUCCAUUUUAGAAGCGCUAGAAGAAAUUAGUCAAUGGGUAGAUUUAGAUACUUCAUCUACAGCUAAAAGACUCUUAAUUGCUAUGCAAGAGCCAGAAUUUGUAAUAACUACUCAUAUUGUUGCUAAAGUAUUUUCAAUAAAUAUGCCACUUAGCCGUCAGUUAAAAACUGAAAAUAUUGAUUUGGUUUUGGCACUGCAGUUGGCAAACGAUGUAAGAACAGUUUUCCAAGACCUAAGGAGAGACUCAUCUGAAGGAUUUUCCAAUGAGUUCAAGAAAAUUGAAGAGUGGAGUAAAACUAAAAAUUUGGAUAUUGAUUUUUAUAAGCUAACCAGAAUACAAAAAAGAUCAAUAAAUGGAAAUAUUACAGCAGAAGACUAUUACAGAUCCAAUGUGUAUAUACCAUUCUUGGAAAAUUUUUUAACACAACUAGAGGGUAGAUGUUUACAACAUCGUGAGUUGUUACAAUGUUUUCGCUGUCUGCUUCCAGGAUAUAUAAUUUAUUCAGACACCGACAACGACUUCAAACUUCUGAUUAAAACAUACAAAGAUGAUUUAGACUGCAGUGAAAUGCAAAUCAUGGGAGAAAUGUAUUUAUGGCAAAACAAGUGUAAAUCUAUGAGUACAUCAACAAAUAUCGUGCAAUUGUUUUGUGAAUGUGAGAAUACAAUUUUUCCAUGUAUCUACAAGCUUUUAAAAAUUCUCAUUACACUUCCAGUAACCACAGCGACUAGUGAACGCUCUUUUUCAACCCUUAAACGAUUAAAAACGUAUUUAAGAAAUACGACGGGGCAGUCACGGUUAAAUGGAUUAGCAUUAAUGAACAUACAUAGAGACAUUCCACUAUCUAUAGAUCAAAUAAUUGAUGAAUUUAGUUUAAAAGCCAGAAGAAUGAAUUUUCGCCUAGAUUGA